UUACCAUAUGGAUACAGACAUACAGACUUUAAACACACACACACACACCACUGAAACUUAAAACACAUCGUGUAAACGGACUUUGGAGGUCAACUGUCCUACGGACACGGUAGUCACAAAGGUUAGCUCCAGAAGAGCUGAGGGAAGAAUCAGCCUUUGUUCUCCCUCGUGCAUUGUGCCCAGGGCGCCCUCUACCGGCCACAGGCUCUCCCUGCCCACGUCCUCUCCCCUCCUGAGGCCUCGGAUUUCGCAGGGGGAAAAAGUUGCGCAGGCGCCGGGCGGCCGACGCGGGCACGGGAGGCCCAGGUAGGGGUCCGCGCUAAGCCGCUGACUAGAGCCUUUCUUCCUCGCUCCUUUUCAUCCUCUAUAGAGUUUUACGGUGACUCCCGGGUUCGAAGCGGACUGACGUCCUCCCCUGCACCAUUUAGAAGAAAUGGAGCAAGAGCCACAAAAUGGAGAACCUGCUGAAAUUAAGAUUAUCAGAGAAGCGUACAAGAAGGCGUUUGUAUUUGUUAAUAAAGGACUGAAUACAGAUGAAUUAGGUCAGAAGGAAGAAGCAAAGAACUACUACAAGCAGGGAAUAGGGCACUUGCUCAGAGGAAUCAGCAUUUCCUCGACAGACCCUGAGCACACAGGCCCUGGGUGGGAAUCUGCUAGACAGAUGCAGCAGAAGAUGAAGGAGACACUACAGAAUGUGCGCACCAGGCUAGAAAUCCUAGAGAAGGGUCUUGCUACUUCCUUAUGGAAUGAUCUUCAGGAUGUGCCCAAGUUAUAUCCAGAAUUUCCACCUAAAAACACGCAUGAAAAGUCACCAGAACCGCAGUCGCUUAGUUCGCCACCUCAGCACACUGAAAUAAAUGGAAACACUCCAGCUACAAGUGCAGGGGCAGUGGCUGCACCUGCUUCUCUGUCCUUACCGUCUCAAAGCUGUCCAGCAGAAGCGCCUCCUGCUUACACUCCUCAGGCUGCUGAGGGUCACUACACUGUAUCCUAUGGAACAGAGUCUGGGGAGUUUUCAUCAGUUGGAGAAGACUUUUACCGGAAUCAUUCUCAGCCACCUCCUCUUGAGACUUUAGGGCUAGAUGCAGAUGAGUUGAUUUUAAUACCAAAUGGAGUACAGAUUUUUUUUGUAAAUCCUGCAGGGGAGGUUAGUGCACCUUCAUAUCCUGGGUACCUUCGAAUCGUGAGGUUCUUGGAUAAUUCUCUUGAUACAGUUCUAAACCGUCCUCCAGGGUUUCUUCAGGUUUGUGACUGGUUGUAUCCUCUAGUUCCUGAUAGAUCCCCUGUUCUGAAAUGUACUGUGGGAGCCUACAUGUUUCCUGAUACAAUGUUACAGGCAGCAGGAUGCUUUGUCGGGGUCGUGUUGUCCUCUGGGAUACCAGAAGAUGAUAGGGAACUCUUUGAGGAUCUGUUAAGACAAAUGUCUGACCUUCGUCUCCAGGCCAACUGGAACAGAGCAGAAGAAGAAAAUGAAUUCCAGAUCCCUGGAAGAACUAGACACCCCUCUGACCAGGCGAAGGAAGCCUCUGGCACCGAUGUGAGACAGUCGGGUGUUUCACUGGACCAUGGCAAUAAGGAUGUGCGUCAUAAAGGAAAACGUGGGAAAAAGGUUAAAGAUUCUUCAAGUGAAGAAGUUAAUCUGAGUCACAUUGUUCCCUAUGAGCCAGUUUCAGAAGAAAAAGCAAAAGAAUUACCUGAAUGGAGUGAGAAAAUGGCUCAAAAUAUUUUGUCAGGUGCCUCCUGGGUGAGUUGGGGAUUAGUCAAAGGUGCUGAAUUUACUGGCAGAGCAAUCCAGAAAGGUGCUUCUAAACUCCGAGAACGGAUUCAACCAGAAGAGAAACCAGUGGAAGUUAGUCCAGCUGUCUCCAGAGGACUUUAUAUAGCGAAGCAAGCCACAGGAGGAGCAGCAAAAGUCAGUCAGUUCCUGGUUGAUGGAGUUUGCACUGUAGCAAAUUGUGUUGGAAAAGAACUAGCUCCGCACGUCAAGAAGCAUGGAAGCAAACUUGUUCCAGAAUCUCUUAAAAAAGACAAAGAUGGGAAAUCUCCCCUGGAUGGUGCUAUGGUUGUAGCAGCGAGUAGUGUUCAAGGAUUUUCUACUGUCUGGCAGGGAUUGGAAUGUGCAGCUAAAUGCAUUGUUAACAAUGUUUCAGCAGAAACCGUACAGACUGUCAAGUACAAAUAUGGGCACACUGCUGGAGAAGCUACACACAACGCAGUGGAUUCUGCCGUCAACGUUGGCGUCACUGCCUAUAACAUCAACAACAUUGGUAUCAAAGCCAUGGUGAAGAAAACUGCAACACAAACAGGACACACUCUGCUUGAGGACUACCAAAUAGUGGAUAAUUCCCAGAGGGAAAGUCAAGGAGCAGCAAGUGUAAGCAUGAGAGGGGAGAAGGAUGAGCAGAUGAGGAAAGGAAAGAAGAAUGAGGCAAAGAAGAAAGAUAAAUGAUGGAAGUGCUGGGACUAACCUAUACCAAAGCCUUACGAGAUUGAUGAGAUUUUGUUCAACAGGUAAAUGGGGAAUUCUCCACAGAUAGAACCAGUGUUUUUUAAAAGUAUUCAUUCCUACAAAGUGACUGAUGAAUUUUAUGGCAUGUGUUCAGCUUAAAAACAGAAGAAUUGGUAUUCUUGGCAUCUAGCCUUUAGAAAUAUGCAGUUAUAUUCUCAAUAAGUUUAUUUUUUUCCAAACGUAGCUAAAAUAUUUUUGCAGUUAAAAUAAAGCUAAUAUGUGCUAUAAGCCUCAUUAAAUCUAACAUUAAAGUAUUUCUAUAUCUGUUAUCUUUCAGAAAACUAAGUAGGAAAUUAUAUAUUUACUUAAAAUUUGGCAUUUAGUAACCUUAGUUCUAUUUGUACCGGGAAGGAAGGAAUUAAAAUAAUGUCUUCUCUUUUGCACUAAUUGUGGAUUCUUUUUUAGAUGCUCAUCAAAA